CAAAUUGUUAUUGUCAAAUGUCAAUGUCAAAAACAAUUUUCUUUGAUCGUCUCAGGAAAAACAAAAUUGGCUUACGAAUUUAUUGAAAUAAUUUUACUUGUUUAACUUUUUAGAAUAGGUUCUGCUAUUUAAAGUUAAACGAUGUCGCUAUCGCCAUUCUUUCGAUCUCCGUUUACGGAUAUUACUGGUGGCAUCGUGUCUCACCAGAUGCUAGGAGAAUGUCAGAAGCAGGAAAUGCAAUAUAUGGACUGCCUCGAAGCCUAUGGUCUCGAUCGCGGAAAAGUUAAAUGCGCUGAUUUAUUCAGCAAUUUCCAUGAGUGCCAGACCAAAACGCUUCAGUUCAAGAGAUUUAUGGCGAUCAGACGUGAAAGAGAAAGGCAGAUUGCAGAAGGAAAACUAAAAGGAGAUGAGAAAUUCUUGAAUCCUCGUAUAGAUGGUUUUUAACUGUCAAACUGAUUCCCGUACCAAGUUAUUUCAUUAAAUAGAAAAAAUUA